GAAAAGUAGAGAGAAAGGAGGAGGCUGGUCAGUGGUCUGGUUGGGCACAUUGUGUCUCGCUGCCAUGAAGGUAACACUGACGACGGUCUUCCUGGUAAUCGCCUCGGUGGUGGCUGUGAGGGCGAGAUGGAUCGACUUCCUGGAUGGUGUGGAGGCCGAUAUACCCCAGGCUGAUGAACCUCAACAAGAGCAGAGUGAUGGGAGUCGAGAUAUUGGGCGUAUGAUCGAGACCGUAGACAACAUCUUCAAGAACAUGACAGAGGAACAAGACCGCUACAGCAGUCUGACGCAGGACGCUGCCGAAAACACCGCUCUUAUCACUGAACUGCUCACCAUCAGCAGUGUAGCCAUGCCAGUCAUAUGGAACACUUUGAUGACAUCCCAAACGAAGGCAAUUCAUCAAACAAUAUGCCAAGGGAAGGCCGUAUUCUUUCAUGCCCCCGGUGAUCUUCCAGCGCUUCAUCCACUUCAGGAUUUAUCUGUUGGCUUUACUGACCAGGAGAACUUCUCACUUAGUAGCAUAAUGAAGCUAAACGAGAAAGCCGAUGUGAGUCUGCGGCUGAUGUAUGAGCCAGAGGAAGGACACGAUUUCAAUUGGAAAGAAGAUGAUAUCCUGCUGAGUGUUCACCUCCAAUGGCAUCCUGAGUUGGGCAACAGUGGAGAAGUUGUCAUCAACGAUAAACACAGCAGAAACUGGGGGAGCGUCCCAACCGUCGUGAGAGGGAACAAGUGGCCUAAUCUUACUGUCGGGGAAAAGUUCUCCCUCUCUGUUAUAAAGAAUAAGAAAUGCUUCAAAAUUGUGUUGUUGCUGGGAGAAGAGAGGUUUUUGAUGAUACCGUUUCCCCUCAGUGCUUACGUUUUCUGCCCUCAGGCCAGACGACAGUCCAAAAUGGAGCAGCAGCCACGCAAGUUGAGGGUCGUUGUUAAUGAGUUUCACCCGGGUGCUGGUGACCUGGAUUUGUACAGUAUAAUGUGGUACCCUAAUUAUUUACCACCUUCCGAGGCCACCACUACAUUUCGUUGGCAGUGUUGGGUGUAGAGCUAGUUUUUUUAGUAGCCGUUAGUGUAGAGCCGCUACUUAUGAGGAAAAAUAGAGAAAGGAAACUGUUUCAAUUCAACAUUUUAGAGGCGUUCCACCAGCACCAUUUACAGGUGCCUUAUUCGUGGCAGUGCUUUCUUCAGAAAAAAGACGCAGUAACUAGCUAGAACUCGUCUUAACUGUUUCAGCUAGUUUAAUGUUUUUAUCAGUGUACAAUUUUUUAAAUAGUUUGACUAUUUCACAGUACUAAUAUUAAUUAUACAAGUAAUACAAUAAUGCCAGCGAUCAUUCACUAAAAGCCUCUAAUUGGAAGAAAUCUUAAUAUAUGCAAAUGCCAAAUGAGAAUCAAUGUGACGUCACGUCCCGCAGCAACACAUCUAACAAUUUUGGUGAUGUUCGCUGGACAACAGAUUUCAAUAUCGAUUAUAUUUCAUUUCAAUUAUAUAACCCACAAUCAUAUUUUAUGGUGAUAUACUAUAGUAACCAUACUACAGUAUUUUCACUAUACUAUAACUUAUAAUCAAUAUUUAUCAAGUCUGUAUAUGGCAAAUGUAAUGUACAGUCUUGUUCAAGAUUCUUCGAACACUGCUGGAGACAGCUGGCAACUCAAGGCCGUUACUAUAGUACGUAGAAUAA